AUGUCAGCGACUAAAUAUUGUCAUCCGUUUUUGAACGGUUUGAAAUCACUUCCCGAGGGAUAUGAUGAUGAGAUACAACAAAUAAGAGAAUGGAUGAAAAGUCAGCCUCACCUUCCCUACAUCUCAGACGAGUAUGUGAUCCUGUUUCUCCAUUCCAACUACUACAAGGUGAAGGAGACCAAGGAUACCAUCGAGUGUUAUUUUACUCUCAGGAAUAAUUCUCCAGAUCUCUUCAUGAACCGGGACCCUCUGCUGCCAAAGAAUAAACUCAUAUUGGACAUGACUCACAUGGUAGCCCUGCCCAAGUUAUCUCCGGAGGGCUAUCACAUCUUGCUGUACCGUCUCGCUGACACCGACUACAGCAAACUGAACUUCGCUGAUGCUGUACGAGUAUUUUGUAUGUUCAAUGACAUCAAGCUAUCAGAGGACCGGCUUUCAGAAGGUUACAUAGUCAUAUUCGAUAUGAAGGGCUGCAGUCUUGGACAUCUGACUAGAGUUACUCUACCCGCUUUGAGAGCUUUCAUGGUUUACAUACAGAACGCACAUCCGUGUCGUCUGAAGAAGAUCCACGUAGUCCACACGGUGUCCUUCAUAAACCAAGUGAUGUGUCUCGUCAAACCUCUCAUACAUUCCAAUCUCCUCAAUCUGCUCAACUUCUCCUCUGAAGGCCCGGCUUCUGCCGUUGACCUUGAAUAUCUGCCAGAAGAUUACGGCGGCCCACAAACACCCGUGAAACAAUUGCACGAAGAACAGAGGAAAAAUAUGGAAGAAAAUUAUCGUGACUGGCUGAUAGAAUCGGAGAUUUUCAAAGUGGACGAAAAGAAACGCAUCAAGAAACCUAGUAAAGGAAUGUUCGCCAGUUUCACAAGUAGUUUUAAAAGCCUCGACAUCGACUGA